AUGAGCGCCUCUGAAUUUCUUGACACAAUCUUUCCGACGAACAGCCUAUCAGCUGGCGUGUUCUUCUGUGGGAUAUGUAGCAAGCCCUUCAGCCAAGAGGCUUCGACUUUUGAUCAUCAAGUACAAUGGGAUGCAUUCUCGCAAAUAGUUGAGCUGCCGGAUGAAGUCGCUUUUGGCCACUUCCCUCUGGCGGAACCUGGACUUGGUCACAUAACCGAGGACCUGAUGGUCGGUGACACCGAUUUGUCUCCAUCACCAGAACCAUACCGGCAGAUACUGCCACAUUCGAUGAACUUUGGCAGGCGCGUGAUAUCAAACACAUCUGGGAUCGUCUUUCCACUUCAAUUCAUCAAGGAACCAAAGCCAGCGGCGAAUGGCAGUGCGAACAUGAUCAAACAGGCACUGCGCUCAUAUCCUGAAAUGAUGCUGCGAAGGUCAACAUUCCCUCCCUUCAUACACCAAUAUCAGGACAAGAGCCAUCUUCCCGAGCCACUAGCAAACUGUAUGGGCAUUACGAUUUUAUAUAGCAAAAGAGAUAUCUUCGCCUCAAUACAAGCAGAGCUGAUAUAUAUCAUCAUGCGUGUCGUUGCCGGCGGUGGAAGCACUCUUGUAGACCGUGAUUACAACACCCACAUGCUGUUGGCUUAUGAGGCGCUUUGGAAACAGUUCAUGGCCUUGACUGAUACACCAUGCAGUGUAAAGUCCAAGAGUUCGAAAUCAUGGGAAGAUUGGAUCUUAGACGAGUCCCGAACAAGAAUUGCUUGCGUGUGGUUCUUGGUAGCGCAAGUAGCCACCGUUAAGGUAGGCAUAUCUUGCGGCGUUCUUGACACAUGGAGAGAAUUGACACUACCAUGUCACAAAGUACAAUGGGUGGCUACAACGCCAGAAUCAUGGGACGAAGAAACAAAAGCGUUGAGAAGUCUUCCCAAGCGGGGUCAGGAUCUGGCAUACUUUGGGGAGCUUCUGGAAAGUCAUCAACAUGCCAACGAUGCAGUUCAUGCAGAAACGCUUGAUAGAUGGAAUUCAGGAGUCGAUAACAUCGGGUUGCUCCUGAAUUUAGUGACGGCGAUGAUGUAA